AUGAAAUCACUUAUUAUAUUAUCUGUGCUCAUUCUCGCUACAAUGGUAUUUUCAGCACCACCACCACCACCGCUGCCACCAUCAGCACGAGCACCACAACCAGAACCACAACAACAACAACCACCACCAAAACAACAACAACAACAACAACCGCCAAAACCACAACAACAGCCACCACCACCACCACCACCACCACCAAAAGCUGGCUCAUCGUCAGUAUCAUCUACGCGACGUUCAUCACCAGCUAGUUCAUCGUCAGUAACAACUGUACCACCUCAAGAAGCAGCUGGCUCAUCGCAGGUAACAUCUGUAGUACCUCAAUCAGCAGCUGGCUCAUUGGAAGUAACAUCCAUGCCAUCCGGUCAAGGCAAUACUGAUGCUCCACAAAGUGGAACCGAACCUGUACCAAAUGGUGACAAAUAG